AUGCGGCACGGAACAUCAAGGCCCCGCCCUCCGCCGCUUCCAGGACGGCGACGACAUGCAGGGAUCAUUGCUGUGGCGCGGGCGGAUCCAGCACCCAGCACCCGCCACCCUGACUGCACCCCAGCACCGGCCCAGCUCUGCCCAAAGUCAUCCGGGGCUGGUGAAAAUUAUUCUCCAGCUUUCGACCCUCGACGUUCGGCCUCGUUUCUUUCCCUCAACGCCAGCGAAGCUCGUCGUCACGUUGCCUGGCGACAUCCCCCCCCGCGAGACAAUCUGCCGUCCGAGAGGUCCGUCCGUCGCCCUGAAAAUUGCUCUGUCCCUCAGGGAAGUCGGAUCCCCGGCUGCCUCUUCGUCUCUUCCUCCGCCGCCGCCUCUCCUUUUUCCCCCUGGCCCUACUCUCUCACCGACGUCGACGUCGACUCGAGCCACAACCGCGUCACGAUGGCGGCUCCAAUAGAAUCGAUUCGCUCCCUCCUCCUGGGCAACCCCGUCGCCGCUGCCAUUGGCGAUGCCCUCAACGCCUUUUCCGACCGCAGAGCAAAGCUCGGCCUGUCCAAUCCCGGCAACAUGGAGAACUUGUCCAAGGAGGUCCAGCGCGAUGUUAUGCUCAACAACUACAUGUUCACCGGCAUCCGCGCCGACUUGACCAAGAUCUUCAGCAUGGCGCCUCUCUUCCAGGUUUCACACCAGUUCGCCAUGGGAGAGCGCAUCAACCCCUACACAUUCGCCGCCAUGUACGGAACUGGCAAGGUGUUUUGCCAAGGCAACCUAGAUAAUGAGGGCUCUCUAUCCGGACGAUUCAACUUCCGAUGGACCGACAAGCUCGUGUCCAAGUCGCAGCUUUCCAUCUCUCCCGGUGGCCAGGACAUGGCUCAGUUCGAGCACGAAUACAACGGCAACGACUUCAGCGCAUCCCUCAAGAUGCUCAACCCCUCAUUUCUCGAGGGCGGCAUGACGGGAAUCUACAUCGGAAGCUACUUGCAGUCCAUCACCCCCCGGCUCGCUCUCGGCAUGGAAACCCUGUGGCAGCGACCCGCCCUGACCCAGGGACCCGAAUGCGCCGUGUCUUACUGUGCCCGAUACAAGGCUGACGACUGGAUUGCCACUGCUCAAUUGCAAACCGCCAUGGGAACCCUCAACACCUCAUACUGGCGAAGGCUUUCCGACAAGGUCCAGGCCGGUGUGGACCUGAGCCUCGGCCUCGUCCCCAGCCCCGGCGGCCUGCUGGGCGGUGGUCUGCAAAAGGAGGGCGUCACCACCAUUGGCGCCAAGUACGACUUCCGCAUGUCCACUUUCCGCGCCCAGGUCGACUCCAAAGGCAAGCUGAGCUGCUUGCUGGAGAAGCGUGUUGCGCCCCCCGUUAUGAUGACCUUUGCCGCCGACAUUGACCACUUCACGCAACAAGCCAAGAUCGGCCUGGGUGUCUCCAUCGAGGCCGCUCCCGAGGAGCUCCAAGACCAGCAGGAAGCCCUCGGCGCCCAGACCGCUCCCAACAUCCCCUUCUAA